CAACGCCGGUGACAUUCAACGCAUCCAUUCAUUCAUCUAUCGAUCCCAAUUCAUCGAGAUACCAUCUCCAAAACCAUGACAGAAUAUUUCUUACUACUAAUUUCAUCUCAACUGACGGAUCAACAACCGAACUUACAGAAACGACGGUCACGUGACCGGUAUCCCGAGCAGACACAAAUAACCCCAGAGUUAUACAAGAAAGAGCAGCAAUGCAAAUGCAUCCAUCUUGCCUGCUUCAUACUUCAGUCAGAAACGGCUAGCCCUAUCACCUGACAAUCCCCCCCUUCCUUGUGUGUACUAUACACAAACACAUGCUACAGCUUGCAUGGCAUGAGCGAUACCAUGGCCUUCACAAGGCAAAUCCCCACAUCCACGCCCAUGCCGUCUUUUCCUCGUUUAUCCCUAUACUUCCUAGACUAGCACUCCCUCUUCUCGCACUACUAGCAUGAUCCUAGGACAAACACCAUUCUCUUCUUGCGACAACAUUCCUGCGCAGCCAGUUUCCUCUGCGCGUCGUUCCAAAGACAGCGACGACCCUUCGUACAGUUGGGUGCCCGAUCACAGCCCAGAGUAUAAAUUCACUCACACUGCAAACAGGUUCAGCAUCCUAGCAGACCCUGAGAAGUCGUCGACAUAUUCGCCAUGGCAUUCCAACGCAUCAAUCUCUAAUGCUAACUUGCGGCGGCGGCGGUGUGGAUGUGCCGGAAAGCGCCACAAUAUCCAAGGAAAAAGUGCUGGGAUUGCCAGGCUGCGCACAACGGAAAGCAUCGUUGCCCUUGGUCACGAGAUUCCCACGCUAUGCCUCGAAGAUAACUCGUCGUCUGCUACCGAGGACCCUCGAGGUCUGAACCAUAGUCGAUGCCUACCAGACGUUACCACCAGUCUUUGCUUUGAAAUCAGCGGGUCCGAUUGGCCGCAACAGCUACAAUCAGAUACACUACCUACCACACUCCAAUUCACGAAUCCACCGCCGCUGAGUGUGAAAUCAUACGCAUCAGUGGAAACGGCGCUUGCCUCGAGUUUCCAGCCGUCAAGGGUGCCACAAACGCAACCACGGUUGUCUACCCUUUCACAUUUCCUUGAUUGCCACGACGCCACAGGUUGUUGGCAGUCCAAAUCUGCCUUCUCGCAACCUUUGGUAACAACAGAAGUCUCCCAAGGUUCAAAUAGUCUUCCCAAAUCUGCACCAUUAUUCCUCGCACGACAAAAGAAACUGACAGCUACGGCUUCCGGACACACCUUUGGAAAACUUUUGUCUCCCAUUCUCCCAUCUGAAGACGCCUUCGACUCGCAUCAGACAGCUCUAGCUAUACUGGGUUUGGGAGAAGGCCGUCUCGUCACCGCCCCCUCUCAGGCUCCUGAAUUGAAACUUCCAUUCAAUCUCUCAACGCAGAGAUUCAUGGACGCACUACCCGUUUCCGUGUCCACUGGACAUGGAACAGAAUACAAGCAUACUAAGGAGACUCAUAGACGUAGACCGGUUCCCCUAUCGUGCUUGCAAGCAUUUGGAGGUUUCCGAUCCGCAUUCAACCCGCUCCUGCACGACAACUGGACGGUAUCUCGGCCGACAAUCCCAUUGCCACUGCCUUCGUCCAUGUGCCAUCCCCUUCGCAAAGCAUCUUCAAUGGAUUCUUUUUGCAUGGCCGGAAUGAAGUCUUACCCAUCUUUGCACAGCGAUCCGGCUUCCAUUGGUUAUUCAAAUAGGUAUUGUCCUACGACCGCAAGUUUCGUAUGUCCUUGUCUCUCGCAAAACUGCGAAUCCAGAGGUGACAGCUUUCCAUAUUUAUUGGGGCCCGCCGGAAACUUGAAUAUGCGACAUGACAGCGGCUGCACUCAGCGUCUCGGGGUCAUGCCAACUCCUACUGAACCAACGACAAGCAGAUCCCCUGAUGAAGUCCGAGCUCAACAAGUUGACUCCAUAUUCGCCAAUCGAAACCCAUGGGUGAAUGGACGUCUUCGCUCGUGCCCUCCCAUAUCUAGCAGAUACUGCUUGGACUACUGGAUAAGGGUGAGCUCUAAAGGCUGGCAAAAGGAUGUCCACUCCGCUUUCGAAACUCCCAAUCAAGAACUUGAGGUAGAGGGGGAAUGGAUUUUCAUUUUUCGAGACGAGACGCAAACAUCAUCUUCGAAUCUACGAGUCUGUGGUUACCAAACUGGCAAUUCCUCUUCUGUUUGCACUGGACAUUUAAGCACUCCGUUCUCCCCAUUGGAAAAGGGGAACUCCUUCACAAUCCUCGAGUCAAGCCACCCUGCAUACUCCGAACAAGAGUUCGACCAACCCCAGAAUGAAGAAGAUAUAGAUAAUGCCUUGAACGUGGGCUCUGACGAAGAGUACGAAAUAGUGCAACCCAAUACCACACUCUACGACCUGGACGGAUGGGAGUGUAUCGGCCAUUCUCUCAUUGCCGAAUUGAUGUCUUGUGACUUUGACGAGGAUGACAAUGAGGAAUUUUUGUAAAAAAGAGACGGCGGACUCGAGGUACUAUCAUGGCAAUGACGGGGAAGGCAAAUGUCAAAAGGGUGGACAUCAUGGUGAGGUCAACACGAUUAUCUGCUCCAGCUCGGACAUAGAGGUGAGAGUAUGGGUUAAAGUAUUAAUUGCGCCGGGCAAGUGCUCGUGCAUGGUCGUGGUUUAAUUCACGUAAUCGUGUCCUGCUUUUAGAUAGUGGUACUAAUACUUGAGAGAUGCUCAAAAUCAAUCAUGUCUCCCCUAUU